AUGGAUUCGAGCUGCGACGAACAAUCGGACUGCGGUAUCAGCACACGCCUUCUCAUCAUUUCGGAUACACAUGGAAUGAAAUUCCCGGUCGACGCUAACGUACCUGUCGAUGUGGCCAUCCACUGUGGUGACCUCACCCAGCAUUCCAAAUUAGACGAGUUCAGGGCAGGUAUUAGUCAAAUGGAAGUGAUCAACGCACCUCUCAAACUCAUAAUCGCCGGAAACCAUGAUUUUGCGCUCGACAUACCCACUUUCAGGAAGAAGAUAUCUGAGGCAUCCAGAUUGGAAACUCUGGAUGAUACAGUGGUCAAAAAAGAAUAUGGUGACUAUGGCGCAGCUCGAGAAAUCAUGAAUGAAGCGAAAAAUAAAGGCAUAAUUUUUCUCGACGAGGGAUCGCACCAAUUUUCACUUAAAAACGGCGCUCUUUUAAAAGUGUAUGCAAGCCCUUGUACACCAUCGACAAUAUCAUCCAGCGAAUGGGGAUUCCAGUACAGCGACAUUCACAAUUUUAGUAUCGACCGCGGAAUCGACAUUGUCAUUACUCAUGGGCCACCGUACGGGAUGAUGGAUAUGUCUGCAGAGAGAAAAAGAAUCGGAUGCCCGCAGCUCUUUGCGGCUGUAGCAAAAGCCCAGCCUAAGAUUCACUGCUUCGGGCAUGUCCACGAGGGAUGGGGUGCAAAACUGGUUACGUGGAGAUCCCAAAUCUCGAAUACUCCCUCUCACUUCACUGAUAUUGAUAACGACAGAUCAACAAAUAUUGAGACACUAUUGAGCAUGCGCGGAUCAAGAUUCGAGUCACCAGAAGAAAAGGAAAUGAGAGAGGGAAGAGUGACGGAACAUAAUUUACGUGGGUAUUGCCAAGUCAGCCCCUCUAGCGAUGAUUCGUUAUCUCUGGGAGAUGGAAAGACUUUAUUCAUCAACGCAGCAAGUCAAGGCCACGACAACCUAGAUCAACUCCCCUGGGUUGUCGAUAUCCAGCUACCAGCGAAUGCAUCACAGAUUUAA